GUGUGAGUCCAGACUCCAGGCUGGAGUUUUCACUCGGGACGCUUCCAGCGCUGAGGAAUUUGCAGACUCCGGGCUGCUGCCUCUGGUUGUUCUCUCCAAAGUGCAGUAAUGCGCACUUUGGAGCGCUGGAUUUCAGAAAGCCCGCUGCGUAUCUGCCGCUCACAAACACGCUGGGAGAGUUUCGGAAGAAUUACGCACCUCUGCAGCCGGAGCCAGUCACAGCGCAGGUAGUGGUGCGUGUGGACGACGACCCCGGAAGAACCGGUUCUACAGAUUUUUGUUUUUUGAAUUGACAAAAAGAAGAUGUCGGAUUUGAUGAAGAGGCUGUACGUGGCGAUGGACGUGGUCUGCGUUCUGGUUGCGGCCCUGCCUUCCAUCAUUUUGACCAUGAGGUUCAAGCCUUAUCAACGGGGGAUUUACUGUGAUGACGAGAGCAUCAUGUACCCCGUCAAAUCCGACACCAUCACCCGCAGCAUGAUCGCAGCCGUCACCAUCUGCUGCACUGUCAUCAUUAUCUGUUCUGGAGAAGCAUAUUCGGUCUACAGAAAGAUGAUUUACUCCAAUUCAACCUUUAACCAGUACGUAGCAGCACUCUACAAGGUGGUGGGAACCUUUCUGUUCGGCGCGACGGUCAGCCAGUCGCUCACGGACAUUGCCAAGUUCACAAUCGGCCGGCCGAGGCCCAACUUCCUGGCCGUGUGCGCGCCGACGGCCUGUACAGGAUACAUGCUGGAAAUCAACUGCACGGGCUCGCCACACGACGUCACAGAGUCCAGAUUAUCUUUUUACUCUGGACACUCCUCCUUUGGAAUGUACUGUAUGCUCUUCCUGGCGCUUUACGUGCAGGCCAGACUUGCGGCGAAGUGGGCCAGACUCCUGCGGCCCACGAUCCAGUUCUUCCUGGUGGCCUUCGCCGUGUACGUGGGUUACACCCGAGUCUCUGAUUACAAGCACCAUUGGAGCGACGUCCUGGUGGGGCUGCUGCAGGGAGCUCUGGUUGCCGUGCUCAACGUUCGCUUUGUGUCGGAUUUCUUCAAGGAGCGCAAUCCGCGGUGUGCGCGGGCAGACGCGGCGAACGGCGACGAGCCGGAGAGGAAACCCAGCCUGCAGAUCGCGGACGCCGAGCACGGUAACCACUAUGGCUACCGCAACGAUUCCAGCCCCUUGUGAUGAAGGGCCUCUGCUCUCUGGGCUCGUUGCCCCGCCAACGGCCAAACCUGUGCAAUAGCUCCUGACGCGGGAGCUACAGCUCCAUUUGUGCAGGCUGCCGCUUUUAGCUCAAGUCUUGAUUCCUGUUCUGGAACUGUUACAGUUUUAUGACUAUAUGAGCUCAUCCUUAUCCUCCUUUUCAACCACUUCACUCUGCAUCUGCUCCACUGGACUGACUAAGGGGGACUACCCCUGUCAACGAAAACACAAUGACCUGUGCUUCUCUUGUCACUGAGAGGGGAGGGCAUUGCCUGCCAAACAUCUUUUAUGAAGGCUGCAUUCAGCGAAGGACUCCAAACCCACUGUGCCACGGCAAUGUAACCAUAUAGAAUAAUUGUAGCUCAUCAUCGCCAACACGUUGCACCAAACAGAUAAAGAGGAACAUUGUUUGCCUUCUUGCAACCUUGCAAAUCAAAGGUCUCAAGUCCUCCUCUUUAUGCCGCCAGCUUCCAAGGACCAAUAUGCUACAUUUGGUCAUUUAAAUUCAAUAAGCUAACUAUUAUGCAGGGCCUGCUCUAUUUCAUAGGUCGGUACAUGUGGCGGAAAUGCAUUUUUAACGACACAAACAAGCAGAUGUCGCUUUAUCUGGAUUUUCAGAGGGGUUAUUUCACUUUUAUUUGAUUGUUAUAAAUUUAGCUUGUUGAAGCAUUACAUUUUGUUCUGUUUUGUUUUUGUUUGUUUGUUUGUUUGUCUGUACAGAUCUGACUUGUUAGCAGCGACAGAAUUAGAGCUAGCCAGCCACGAACAUCGGUAAACACGUGAUUUGUGGAUUAGCGUAAAUUUUUUAGUGCACCUUAAACUGCUCGCCAGACCUGAUAAAUGUUGCACAAGUUCAGAUGUCAGCAGCCGACUGACUGAUGCUCGCUGUCGAUUGGAGGCGUGUGUCUGCUCAACCACUCGAUAAAUUACACGACUAGCUGUACGAAGUAUGUAGUACAGCAUAGAGUUGCAUCUCAAUGAAUUGGAUCGGUUAAUUUAUUGAAGUGAUUUAAUUCGUUAAGUGAAACUUGCAUGGAUUCAUCGCACGAGGUGAUAUGUUUCAAGCAUUUAUUUCUCCUAGCUUUGAUGAUUAUAGCUUACAGCAAAUAAAAAACCCAAAGUGAUAGUAGACUGAAAGGUAUUCCCAGAUGCUGUACGGUGGAUGCACUAUUUAGCCAGGGGUCGUUUUGCAGGAAUUACUGCAUCGAUGAAGCGAGGCAUGGAGGCGCUGAGGUGUCAAGGAAGCUCAGGUUGCUUUAACAGCAGCCUUAAGCUCGCCUGCAUUGUUGAGUCUUGUGCCUCGAUCUUCCUCUUGACUAUCUUUCCAUUUUUUCCUAUUCUCUCUGGGGUUUUGGUCAGGCAAGAAUUUGCUGGCCAGUGCAUCUAUGUAACAACACGGUCAUUAAAGAAGGUAUCAGUAAAUGUGGCCGAGAGAUCUCAUCCAAACUCUCUAAUGGCCUUUUCCACAGUCACCUAAAUCUGUGGUCAUAUGUGUUGUUUAUGCACCUUGUGCCUCGAUUUGUCCUUCCAUUCAUCUUUGCGACUUUAUGCUUGGAUACAGCACUCUGAACAGCCAGCUUCUUUAGAAAUAACUCUUUUCUGAGGGUGUUAGAGACUGUGUUUGACAACUUAAAUAAUAUUUAAAAUUUCUCAGAAUUUUCUUUUCUGUCCGCCAUAAUUAUCAAAACAGAAAUUCAGGGUUGAAAUAUAUCACUUUGUGUAAUGCUUCUAUACAAUAUAAGGUUGACUUUUCGCAUCAAAAUGCUAAAGUAAAUUACCAUUUAUUGAUUUUCUAAAUAUGCAGUACACCAAAAGACUUGUUUUAUUCCCUUAAAAAUAGACAUCUUUUACUAAAACUCAUCCCCUUAAAUUGUUCCCUAUGUCAUAUCUCUCCCCCCCCCCCC